AUGAAAAAUUUGUUAACUACGCGAUUGACUAUUCUUCCAAUUUCCUUAACAGCCAGACAUGGUGUUUCUCUACAUACACAGUCAAAUGCAUUAUAUACUACUAGAUCUCGUCGUUUAUUUAGUCGUUUAAUGAAUGUACGAUAUGUGGAAGAACUGGAAGCUAAACUGCCAGGUCCUAUAUAUUUAUUAGUAAAAUGGUGGUUUAAAAUAAGACCUUUUAAAGUAGAACUAGCAGAUCUUCAUCGUCGUAUUCUACGUAAUAAAGAAGGAUUUGAUACAAAAGUUCAUUCAAGAACACGUUAUUUUGUUAGAUUUCCAUUUUUAACAGAUGAAGAAUUUUCGAAGUGGUUAGUUACUAGUGACAGUAGCCAUGGUGAAGGUUAUUCAUGGGCUGAAUUUGUACGGUCGUCUAGAACAGCUGCGGGGUGUGCUAAUGCUUUGGGUUUAAAUGAAAGUGUUUAUCCAGAUAGUGCAACAACAUCAGGAAACAGUAAUGAAGCAGGAGAAAAAAUAACAACCUCGAUAAUAUCAUCAUUUGAUGACCCAAACAAAGAUCAUGAAUUUGGUUAUACCCACCCAGCUUCAUAUCCAAAAUUCUUAUAUCGACCUGGUGGUAAACAGGCGAGUUCGGCAGCUAUUGUCAUGACAUCCUCUGAUCCAAAGUUUAAAGGUUACGGUCAUUUUCGUGGUUUCAUUAGUACACGUGUGCCUAAACGAGGUGAUCUAGUUCGCGCAGGUUUUGCAAAUCUCCGCAGUCCAGAAAGUAACUUAUUUGGAUGUGCUAUGCCUUAUGGUUUUGAAGCUUACUCACAUUUAAUUAUCAGAUAUCGUGGAGAUGGUCGAAAAUAUCAAAUUGUUGUGCUACCUCGUGCACGAUGGGAUUUUAACCGUUUUAAUACACACCAGUUUACAUUGUACACUCGAGGUGGACCAUAUUGGCAAAUAGCUAAAAUCCCAUUAUCUAAAUUUUAUCAUACUAGUUCAAAUAUUAUACAUAAUAGACAAUUUCCUGCGAAUCUAGGAACUAUGCGUCUUCUUUCAUUUACUUUAAUGGAUGAUAUUGAGGGACCGUUUAGUUUGGAGUUGGACUAUAUCGGUUUAUAUUUUGAUGAACAACAGAAUGAAGUAUUUGAUUAUGAAAAUCCCAAUCAGUUUUUGGGGCUAGGAGUUCACCUUUCGAAAAUGUGUGAUGUUAUGCCCACUAUAUCGGAGGACGGUAAUUCAAGUCAAGGAGAUCGAGACUCACAAGCAAGUGGAGAGGGAACUAAUGUUGAAGAUAUGCUAUUGAGUAUAUUGGAUGAACGUGAUAGACUAAUGGAAAGUUUACAUGAUGCACAAGAUCAAUUGGUAUUUACACAGAAUAGACUUGCGGAAGCUGAGAGAGAAAGAGAUGUUUUAAAUAGACAGUUAUCUGAAAAACUUCCUGAAGAUUUAUCUUUACUGGCCAAAGAAGUACAUCGUUUACGUGAUCAAAUUUCUGAACGAGAAGAAGAAAUUGUUGAGUUGAAAUCGGAAAGAAAUAAUACAAGGCUUCUUUUAGAACAUUUAGAAUGUUUAGUUGCUAGACAUGAACGUUCAUUACGAAUGACAGUUGUAAAACGACAAGUAAAUAGUCCUGGUGGUGUUAGUUCUGAAGUCGAAGUAUUAAAAGCAUUAAAAUCAUUAUUUGAACAUCAUAAAGCAUUAGAUGAACGUGUACGUGAACGUUUACGUACAGCAUUAGAACGUGGUGCACAACUAGAAGAAGAAGUGCGUUCAUCUGCUGCUGAUCGUGCUGCAUUAAGAGAACAAUUAGCUGCAGCAUUAGCUGGUGUAGCUGCUGCUGCAACAGCAGUUCAACAAAGACAACAACAACAAAUUGUAUCAACUGUGAAUGGGAAUGGAAAUGUUGAUUCUAAUCAUACCACACAAAUCAGUAAAGAUGAUCUUGAUGGAAAUGAUGUAGGCAAUAAACUGGCCUCGUUACCUCCAGGUGGACCACCAAUCACAUCAAAAGAUUCAAACGAUGAAAGUUCAUCGGCAGAAAAUUCCGGUGUAAAAUCAGUUGCAUCCGUUGCUGCAGCUGCAGCGGCUGCUGCUGCGAGUGCUGUAGCUGUUGAACGUAAACUUGUUGAAGUCACUACAAAAUCUAGAGAUUUAGAAGCAUCUAAUACAACAUUACAAAAAGAAUUAUCACGUGCUCAUGAUCAGAUUUCUCGUUUACAAAGAGAAUUAAGGGAGUUGGAAGCUCAACGUGAAGAUCAAGAAGCUCGUAUUGCAACUCUGGAACAACGUUAUCUUGCUACACAACGUGAAGCUACUGGCACGUUGGACAGACUUAGUCGAGCUCAGUCAGAAUUGAUUACUCGUGAAAUUGAAUUAAAACAAGCAAAAGAUCAUGCAAAUCAUUUGGUUAGCGAAUUAGAAACAGUACAAAACGAAUUAGCCAUUGUCAAAGUGAAUACAAUGCAACAAAAUGAAAAAGUGAAUACACCUACAACAACAUCAACUCUAAUGCAUACGGCUAUUGAAAAUGGUGGUGAAUUUAUUGAGUCUAUUGAAAAUGAAACUAUUUCUAAUGAUGAAAAAACUAUUAAAAACGGCAAAAGUUCUCAUUUAAUUAAUGAUAAUAACGGUAACAACAAUAAUCCUAACAUAACAGUUGUUGACGAAUUGCGUGUACAAUUAUCUACAGCUGAAGAACGUAUUAAAGAUAUGGAAGUUGAAAUGAAUGAAAUCCAGUCAGAAUUACAAAGAGCUAGACAACGCGAACAAUUAAAUGAGGAUCAUAGUUCACGUUUAACUGCGACGGUUGACAAAUUACUAUUGGAAUCUAAUGAACGAUUACAGACACAUUUACGUGAAAAAAUGGCCGCAUUAGAAGAGAAAAAUCAAUUACAUACAGAAUUAGAUCGUCUUAGACGUCUUCUAGAAACAAGUCAAACAGAACGAGAUCGAGCUCUAGCCGAUAUGGAACGAUUAAGACGUAGUUCCGCUACAACAACGCCAACCGCACUUGCUUUACAAGGUGACUCGUAUUCCAGUGGUUCUCAUAGCCUUCGUAGAAUGCCUCGUAAUGCUUCCAGCAGUAGAACAGAUCAAACUCUUCUUGACAAUGAAGAAGUGAAUUUAGAUGAACUGGAAAAUAACAGUAGCUCUCUCAAAAGGAUCCAACGAAAAAUUGGUGGUUCUGAUUGGGUUGAUUCAGAUGGUGAUACAACAACAAGUCCAGUAAGCAGAGGUCAAUCAGAGAUUGGGACUAGUAAUACAGAUGCUCAAAGAUUAGCAUUGUUGAUUCAAAAUCAAUUGGAUGCAAUAAAUAAAGAGAUCAAAAUGAUACAGGAAGAGAAACAAACUGCUGAACAGUUAGCUGAAGAGCUAGAAUUACGUGUUGGUUGUACUGGUACAAAUCGUAAUGGCAGUUCACAGGGACAGUUAAUCGAUGAUUAUUACAAUCAACAACGUGGCAAUGAUACAAACGAAGCAUAUUAUUAUACUAAUCAAGAUGGACGUCUUAAUGCGAAUAAUGUUAUGCCAAGUUUAUUACCUAAUUUUGGUCCAACUGGUUGGUCACCUCCACCAUCACCAUUAAGUUCUAGGUCAACACCAUUCGGUGGUAUUUCUAGUGAUUCUUUCAGUGGUAGUUUUAAUAAUCCUAAUCGAAAUGCAUCAUCGUCAAUAUUAUCAUCUGUGGUAGUUAGUAAAGAAUCUGAACGAUCUAUUCCUCAAUAUGCUGCUCCUACUCCAUUGGCCGUAGAUCCACGUCGUAAUUUUCAACAUCAGCCUAUUCAAUAUUCACAACCGAGUAGUAAUAGUGGUUUUAUGUCGCGUAGUAGUCAAUUUGAACAACAACGAUCAAUGUCAGCCGCUGGACGUCCAUUGCAUCAGGUUAGCAAUGGUGGCUUAAUUACAUCGGAUGAUUUAUUACAAAAUAAUGUAAUCAGUCAACCACUUAGACCUGCAUCACAAUUAAAUUAUCACUUACCUGUUGCUGCUCCUACUGGCGCUGGCGCUCCUCCACCACCGCCAUCUAUUAACCCAAAUACAGUGAACAACGUACCACCCCCUUCAACAAUACCAGCACAAGAAUUGAUGAAUAAUACUAAUAUGUACAUGAGAAAUAAUUAUCGCACUAAUCUACCAAUUUGUACCACCGGUAUUGGCUAUCCACCUGGUUCUGAUAGUCUGUUGAACGGAAAAUGUGACAGUUCUUUGUCGAAAUCAACUACACAAGUAUCAGUAGCAGCAGUGGCUAAAUCAUUGGUUCUACCUGGAUCUAAACAACAAUUACCUAACUAUCAAGAAUCUAACUUACCUACUAAUAAUACAACAUUAAUACGUAAAUUAUCAGCUCCUAUAGGACCACCUCAUAUUCUAUCAAAUCAUACUGCUACAAUACAUCUACGUAGAGGAUAUAGUUUAAAUAAACCUAAAAUGGAUAAUAAUGUUAAUGAUGAUAAUAAACGUGUCAAUCAAAAAGUAAAUGAAGGUGGCAAUGUUGAAGGUUGUGUCGUCAUUAAAGAGACUGUUAGCGACGAAGAUUUAAAUCAUUCAAAUUUUCGACAUUCUAUAAAUACACUCACUGAUCAUGUACCAUCAUCAAGUUCUUUAUCAGUUAUAUCAGUAGAUAGUCCUGAAGACGAAGGCUCUUCAGCAGCUUCUGAUUCAUUAGUUUGUAAUCAAACGAUCGAAGGUCAAACGUCAGGUCAACAGCAACAACAACAAACAAUACCACUUACAUCAGCACAAAAUAUCCCAUUAAUGAAUAAACAAUUUUAUCAGCAACAAAUGCAGUACAGACAACAAUCGAUUUCAGAUCAACCUAUGACAACGUUAACUCAACAACCACUUUACCAGCGAGAUUAUGAACAACAACAACAGAUCCAACAAUUACAAUUUACUCAUUCAACAAGACCUCAUCUACAAAUGAAUUCUAUGCCAGUAUAUCAUCAACAGCCUAUGGGAUUGUAUCAAAAUUAUCUACGGUCAAUUGGACCUAGAAAUCAAUUAUACAACAUUAUUGAUAGUCAACAACAACAGCAACAACAAAUCAAUUCAAUGUCUCGAUUAGAUUCAACACAAUCAUUUUUUUCGCCUACACCAUCACCUACACCAAGUAAGAAGAAAUCGCGUAUGUUAUCUGGUACAUUUGGUCGAUUAUUUCGACGUAAUCAAUCAAGUAAUAUAACUGGGAAUAGCGGUGUUGGUAUUGUCAGUGGACCAUAUGAUAUGGCACAAUAUUCACAAAAUUAUUAUCCUAUACCAAAUCAUAUUAAUCAAUCAAUACGAAUAUCAGCUUCACCACCGAUACGUCUUGGUUCACCAAUGAUACAUACAUCAAUUGCUAACAAUACUCAUAACAAUAAUAGUACUACUAGCAAUAAUAAUAGUAGUAACAAUAAUAUUCGAUAUUCUAUGCAACAGCAACCUAUGAGUCCACAGCCGAUAGCUGUCGGUCCAGGUGGACAUCAAUCACUAUCAUUACCACUGCCACCACCUCCGCCUUCAGUACAGUAUCAUCCGUCAAUGUCCAAUCAAGCACAAAUGAUACAACAACAGCACCAACUCCUUAUAGAACAGCAACAACAGAUGUAUCAAUUUAGGCAACGACAACAAGGUUUGGAAUAUGAUGAUGGAUGUAAUGGACCAAAUCUUAUUACUGGAGGAUCUAUAUCACCACUUUCGUCAUCCACUGUAUCAGGAAGUCUUUCUGAAUCAACUAUUCCAUCAAAUAGUAGAAUAAUGAGUCCAAAUCCUAUGUCUUUGACUAUGGGUAGUAGUGGUGGUCAACUGGCUAAUACAACACUACCACCACAAGUCCCUGAAGAACGUCGACGGUGGAAAAAGGAGGAGUUAUUAGAACAAGCUAUGAUGGCUAGAUUACCAUUUGCACAAUGGAAUGGCCCUACAGUAGUAGCAUGGCUUGAGGUAUAG